AUGCCUGGAAUGAAUAAUUGUGCUAUUGCUGUCUGUACAAAUAAUAAAUUUAAUUCAAUAAAAGAAGGCAAAGAUUUAUCAUUUUUUACAUUCAUCAAAGAAAAGAGAAGAAAAAUUUGGGUACUUAAAUGUAAAUGGGCCAAUCAAUUUAAUCCUGAUACACCUUUUGUAUCUUCAGAACAUUUUAUAAAGGAUGAUUUUGAAUUAAAUUAUAAAAUACAAUUGGUUGAUAGACCAACAAAGAAAAAGCUUAAAAAUUGUGGUAAGUCAAAAGAAAUAUUGAUUAUAUAA